UGUAUUUUUGGGGUUUCUUUGACAUUUAUUAGUAGUGUUCUGGGGCUGAUUGAAGUGGGUUUAAUCUACAUACAUUUCUUAAAUUCUCACUAAUCACGGUGUGUGAUUGCUAUAUUCUGAGAAUUUGUUGAAGCAAAUUUGGUGAGAGAGAGAGUGAUGUCAGGAAAGUUCACCAUUGGGAGCGAGCCAGUGAUGGGGUUGCCGACCCCAUCAAAGAAGCGAGACUACAGAGUCACCAACAGACUCCAAGAAGGCAAGCGCCCCUUAUACGCUGUCGUUUUCAACUUCAUCGACUCUCGCCACUUCAACGUCUUCGCCACUGUUGGCGGCAAUCGGGUGACUGUAUACCAAUGUCUUGAAGGGGGUGUCAUUGCUGUCUUGCAGUCUUAUGUUGAUGAAGAUAAGGAUGAGUCUUUCUACACUGUGACAUGGGCAUGCAGCAUUGAUGGUAUGCCUUUUGUAGUGGCUGGAGGACUCAAUGGUAUACUCCGUGUCAUUGAUGCCGGCAGCGAGAAAAUACACAAGAGUUUUGUUGGCCACGGGGAUUCUAUAAAUGAAAUCAGGACUCAACCACUAAAGCCAUCACUGGUGGUAUCUGCAAGCAAAGAUGAAUCAGUUCGCAUAUGGAAUGUCCAUACUGGCAUUUGCAUUUUGAUAUUUUCUGGAGCUGGGGGUCAUCGUAAUGAAGUAUUGAGUGUGGACUUUCAUCCUUCAGACAUAUAUCGCAUUGCAAGUUGUGGCAUGGACAACACUGUUAAGAUCUGGUCAAUGAAAGAGUUCUGGACAUACGUAGAGAAAUCAUUCACAUGGACUGAUCUCCCUUCUAAGUUCCCCACAAAAUAUGUUCAGUUUCCUGUGUUCACAGCUUCAAUUCAUUCAAACUAUGUUGACUGUAAUAGGUGGCUCGGUGAUUUUAUCCUCUCAAAGAGCGUUGACAAUGAAAUUGUUUUAUGGGAACCUAAAGUGAAGGACCAGUCUCCUGGGGAGGGAUCAGUUGACAUCCUUCAGAAAUACCCUGUUCCAGACUGUGAUAUAUGGUUCAUCAAGUUUUCCUGCGAUUUUCAUUAUAAUGCAGCUGCUAUAGGGAAUAGGGAAGGAAAGAUUUUUGUCUGGGAAUUGCAAUCCAGCCCCCCUGUUCUUAUUGCAAGGCUGACACAUGCUCAAUCAAAGUCUCCAAUUAGACAAACUGCCAUGUCAUUUGAUGGAAGCACCAUUCUCAGCUGCUGUGAGGACGGGACUAUUUGGCGGUGGGAUGCUGUGGCAACUUCUUGAGCCUAUCUAAGUGGGUUUAUUGGCAGGGUUAGAAGAUGCAUCUUUCGGCUGCCCAAUUUGGCCUGAAUUUGGUAUAUUAUUGUAACACAUUUUGUGGGGGUUCGGAGGAACCUAAAUGUUCCUUGAAUAGAGAAAUUCUGGCUAGUAAGUAGUAACCCUUCACCUCAGCCGAACAGCCACAGCCACGCUGUCACAGUUAUGAGCUAAAGUUGUUCCAUUUAUGAAACAUGGUGCCAUCACUAAUGGAGGAGGCAAUUUAGGUGAGGAUGACUCUUUAACUUAUAAAUUUUAAGGAUUCUGCUUAGCUCCAUUGCUUCAGGUUUCUCUGCACUGGAGCACUAGAGCCAAGCCUUAUCCAAAUCUUAAAAGAAGAGAAGCAUGUUUGUAUUGCGACUGCUGUCAUUCUUGUGUAUUACCUAGUUUUGAUUAUUGUAUACCAAAAAAAGAAAUUACUCA